CAUGCCAUUGACCAAGACCAAAAGUAAAUAAGUAACGCAUGUGGAUUGUGGUUUAUUAUAAUGUUUAACUGCGUAAUGCAAUAAUAAAUUAAGGUUGAUAAUAAGCGUUAUUUUUUUCUGGAAGUUUAAAUCUUUCCCAAUGGAUGCAGACAUCCUCGAUAACGACAAAGACAACCUAUACGAUGAUUUUUAUUUAGAAGAAUUAAGCGAGUGUCAAUGGUCUUCACUCUUAAAUUCGGCGGACGCAUCCCCAAGUGAAAUUUUAGCCGAUGCAGCUCCAUGCUUGAUACCUUCUGUGUCACCUGUUUUGAGCAUAAAAUCAUCUCCAACUGAAAGCAGUAACUCUGACUCCAGUAGUGAAGAUGAUACCAAGAAUAGCUCGAGUACCUCAGCCAGACAGUCCUCACAAUCUCCAUGUGACUGGUUAUCCAGCAAUGACAGAGAAGCUAUUUAUCAGCUCAAACCUGAAGAAGUGGAUCAGUUCUUACAGAAAACAGAAAGUAAUAAAUACGAACAUAACAUAAUAAAAUCAAAUCAUGAAGUAGAAAGAAAAGGACCCGUUAUGGCUAUUGAAAAUGGUGUUAUAAAGGUUGUAAAGACUGAAAAUGAUUAUGAACCUAGCAGAAUUAUAUCUUCUUUGUCACCUAAAAUUGAAGCGCAUAACCUCCAUGACUCUUACUUUAAAGUUGUUAAUGAAAAUUACAUUAAUGUCACAAGAAAGGAUGACAUGUUUUUGGAAAGGAGUAAAGUACAAAAUGUAUUGAAGACAAAGCCCAUUGUUAUAAUUCCACAAAAUAUUAAUAAGAGUAAGGUUACAUUCUCACCUCCUCCACAAAAUGUACAUAAAAUUGAGGGCUCAAAUGGUUAUCAAAUUAAGUCUUCACCACCUGCAAGUCAUAUUGUGCUAAAUCCUAAACCCACCAAUGGAGAAACAAUUAUUGAUGAAACUUCUGUUACUUCUUUGUUGGACAUGCCACAGUUGAGUGAAGCUGAAGUGAAAGCAAUAAAAAAGCAACAAAGAAUGAUUAAAAAUAGAGAGUCCGCUUGUCAGUCACGACAAAAGAAGAAAGAGUAUGUUACAGCAUUAGAACAGCAAUUAUUAGAGGCACAUCAAGAAAUUGCAAGGUUACGGUUAGAAAAUAAAAUACUUAAAAAUCAAUUGGAAUCUAAUGGCAGAAGUCGAAAGAUACCCAAGCUUGAUACAUCAAUUUUAAUACCGAAAAAGAAUAUAGCAGUUAUUUUUGCCAUGGUCUUUAUGGUAUCCUUGAAUUGGAAUAUAUUGGGUUGGAAUUCUAAGCCGUUUAUUGGACCAGCACCAUCGCAUGUCGGCGCAAGACAUUUAUUGUGGACUGAAGAAAAUAAAAACGACAUUUCCACAGAUUACGACCAGUUGAAUCGAAGUUCAGAGGGUAUUGAGUGUCAAAAUAGUACAGUAAAUGAUUAUAUUAAUCAAACAGAAAGUAUAAGGAUAGCUGGAGAAUUGAAGCGGUGGAUUGGCGGUGGAAAGACUUUGAAUUGGACUAAUUCGCGGAGUAAAGGAAAAAACAGUUUUAUCAAUGAAGAACAUAUUAAUGGUGGAUUAAUGGAGGCAUAUAAACUGUUUGAUAAGUUGAACCUUGACAAUAAUCUGGUUGAUUUUCCGAGUGCAAAUAAAAAUGGUAAAAAUAUUCGAGAUAAGGCGCGGUUGCGGAGAUUACGCAGAUCUCUCACAGCGGAUAAAGAUAUCGAAUUUGCUGAUAGUGGAAUGUAUUAUGAGAAACUGUAUAACAAGCACAUAAGGAAAGCUAGGAAUGAUUAUGACGUCAAUGAUUUUGGUGAAUGGAAUGAUUUGCUUCAAGCAUUGCAUAGGCGAGAUGAUACGUUCUACGUAGUCGGCGUUGGUAAAGGAGAACAUUUGCUUCUCCCAGCUGUUUCACACAAUGUCACUAGACCACCAAAAAUGGCGCUCAUUUUACCAGCGCGGUCUGGGAAUGAUUCCAUAUUAAGUGAUCAUGUAACACUGAUGCAAAUUGAUUGUUCGGUUGUGAAUACGACGCUGGUGAAACUUAAAUCGAAUGCAAUACCGAAGAGUCUGAGAAAAAACAAAUUAAACUCAACUAAUACAUUUUAUGAUAAUCCCAAACCAAAACAGGAAAAAGUGGAUAAGAAGCCAAUAAAUAUAGUACAAAAAUCUAUUAACAGUACUAGUCAUGCAUCGAGACAUGAUGUGAAAAGAGACUUAUUUGCUCAAUACUUAUUAUCAAAGCCUAUUGAACGCAAAAACGAUUCAGUUAAUAAAAAAGUUAGUGCAACUCCUUCUAUAUUAAAAAAUAUAUCAAUAUCUUUGAAUGGAACAGUAUAAAAUUAAUAAUAUAUUUUUUUUAAUAAAUAAUAAUGUAUUUAUGGAUAACAUAAACAUGUCACAAGCAAUAUAAUUUUUCCAAAUCAGCUUAUUUGUAUUUGUUGAUGUAUUCUGUAACAAACUAUGGUAUAAGAAGCAUGCUGUGAUUUUUAAUCAUAUUUUAUUGUAAUAGUUGACAUCACAAGUAUGCAAGUUAGUAGCUAUGUAUAAAAAUAAGCAAUUUUUUGAUUUAGACGUGCAGUGUGUACUUUAUAGGUAUAGAAAUUAAGUGACAUGGAACAAACAUGUUAUAAAAUUAGAAUCAUUGAUAUCAUUUUUAUUAAGAAAUAUACAUAUGUAAUUAGCUACAAAAAUAGAGAAGAAUCCAUUACAACCAUGAUCAUGGCUUAAAAACUGUUAAAGUGUCCUACAGAGCCCAAUUACGAAAAUAUGCCAAUUGAAUAUGAAAAACAAGAAAGCCAUUAAAUUAAAAAAAAGAGUGUGUGUACUUAUGUACCUACACGCGUUAGAAGUUAUACUUCUUGGCGUAUGGAAAAAAUACUAGAAUAUACAAU